CUUCCGCGCAAUCGACAUUUCCAAUUCGCUCAUAACUUUUCCAUUCAUUUCCAUCACCUCGCUUCAUUUUAGCCAUCGUUACCAUAACCUGGGUACCCUUUAUUUCUUUCCAUCUAGACGUUAUUCAUCAUUUAUCCGACACAUGUCUGACAAUUGCGAGGUUGCACCAUUGAGGGCCCAUCAAAUUUUGAAGGACCAUCUGGACUUGCGAUAUCUCCCCACGUCGUCAUCCUCAGAUAUCAAUAGGACAGAAAUUCACGUACCUUCAAAUUUGAUCCAUUUGGACACUCCCAACAUGUCUCUUGUCCAUGAAUCGCAAUCUGCGCUACUUAUGAACCCCGGUACAAGCUCACUUUUGUGCGAGGAUGAACACCACCGAGAUCUUGUUGGAUCGACGGCUACAUCUAUACCAACUGUUGAUGAGAAGGAUUUGUCUCGCCCAAGAAAUCUGCCUUCCUUGUCUAGCUUGGAGGUCAUCAGUUCUCUUAACUUUCAGGGUAGACCUCAAGAUCCAUCUGAGGAAAACAUCGGCUCAGAUUGGCUCCCUAACAACAUCAACAUCCCUGAUUUGUCCUAUUCCGAUAGUUGCGAUCUCUGCGAAGAACUGUCUUGUACCCAUGAUGCAGAUAAAGCAGCCUCCGAAAGUGACAAUGAAGAGCAAAGCUUAGACUACCUGGAAGGCGCGUCAGUUCAGGCUCAGCAGACCACGAGAAUUUCUGACGAAUCGCAACGAUCGACCGAAUCCUACUGUCAUGCUAAAAUCCCGAAUCAAAUUGUAAACUAUGUAGCUGUUGAUAAGGUUGCACCUACUCCCUUGACAAUGAUUCUCUUUGGGGAUAGAGUCAUUUACGAUUCCCAAAAGCAACCAGGCAGAGCUCGCACCCGUCUGUCCGUCAAACGCCCUCUGAACUCAAGUGGGUUUGACGACUUUGCUAAGCGUCUCAAGAAAUAUUCGAAGGUGACCAUUCACUGAGUCAUAUAUGAUCUGAGUAACGUGUUGUGAUUUGAAGGUUUCAUUACAAUUUUUUCUGUCUGGCCUUGAGGCCGUUUUCUAUUUAUCAUAUAGUCUCACGUUGUACUGCCUUGUACUCGCAUACUUUCCAUAUCUCCUAUACCUUUCUUCAUGCUUCGUUCUUUGAGUUUGGAUUUGGUGACUAUAUAGUAUAUUGAUCACUUGUAACUAUCUACUAAUACUCGAUUCAUGCGAAUAUGCCACGUUUUUUCUUGUAUAUAUAUGGGUAGAAUAUACCUCUGGAAUAUCUCGACUACAUAUGCACCUGAAAAGCGUUUCCGCAUUCGCAAAACAUUGCGGUACACUUU